UUUUUUUUGGUCAAUCAAAAUCUGUUUUAAUACAUUUUAUUUCAUGAUCCCUCCUCAGUCCUCACCUUGUUAGUUAAGAGAUUAAGGAAACCUCCCCAAAAGAUGAUGAUGGGGAAAAAUCACGGCGUUGAAUCUAGCGGCCAAAGCGGAGGAAAGAUCGGUUCUGAUUCUUCGCCGUUCGAUUCCUUCCCGUUGGAUUGCAUCUCCAAGAUAGUCUCAUUCACAAGUCCACGUGAUGCCUGCGUCGCCGCUACGGUGUCGAAAGCCUUUGAAUCUGCGGCCAAGUCAGAUGUCGUGUGGGAGAAGUUCCUUCCCCCGGAGUACGCAUCUCUGGUUCCUUCAUCGCGUCAUUUUUCGUCGAAGAAGGUGCUCUACUUCGCGUUUUGCGAGGAGCCUCUUCUCAUCGACGAUGGUACAAAGAGCUUUUGGUUAGAGAAAGCAAGUGGGAAGAGGUGUUUAAUGUUAUCUGCGAUGAACAUCUCAAUCAUAUGGGGAGAUACUCCACAGUAUUGGAAAUGGAUUUCGAUUCCUGAAGCUAGGUUUAAAAGUGUUGCGAAACUUCGUCAUGUAUGUUGGUUUGAGAUUCGAGGGAGGGUGAAAACUCGUGUCCUAUCUCCAAAAACUCGUUACUCGGCUUACCUCGUGUUCAAGAAAACGGAUAGUUGUUAUGGCUUUGAUGAUGUGGCUGUAGAAGCUGGGGUUGGAGUGGUGGGUCAUGAAGCUUCUACAAGAACCAUAUGCUUUGAAACGGAUGUGGAUAAUGAGCGAGAGAUGAGAUGGAUAUACCCAGAGGAGAGGAAAGAUGGUUGGAUGGAGGUUGAUCUUGGGGAAUUCUUCAAUGGAGAGGAGAUGAUGAAUGGUGAUGAGAUUGAGAUGAGUGCUUUAGAGACUAGGGACCUCGGUUGGAAGCGUGGCUUGAUCAUUCAAGGAAUUGAAAUCCGUCCUGCGAAAAUCCAAUAAAGAGAAAAUAAUGCCGGGAGUGAAGAGGUACAAUCCAAUUGAUAGACAAGUGUGUUUGUUAUAUAAUGAACAACUUUGAUCAAGGUUGAAUCCUGUUAGUUGGUAUAUGUAAAACCGGUUUUAUCCGGUUAUGCUUUUGUAGUAAAUGAGUAUUUCCGUGGACGGAAAACUUGUAGUGUUUCUGGA